CACACACACACACAUACACACACACACACACACACACACACACACACAAUCACAACAGGGCAUAAGAAACUAAAUGUGUGUGUGUGUGUGUGAGUGUAAACAUUGAGUUGUUGUACUAGCAUUACAAAAUGACUUAAGGAGAAUUCUUUUAUGUAUGUGUGUGAAAGGAAGAGCUUUUAUUUGUCUGAACAUAAAGAAGGAGGGUCACACACAGAUGUAUAAAUACUUGAGCUCAAAGCUCAAACCCAUCAUAGUUUAGUCAGAUGCUGUGAAGUGACAGAAGAAGACAGGACAAAGAAAGACCUCAAAAGAACCCUGCAGAAGAAGAGACACUUAAAGAGAAGCAAACUACUUUACAUUAAAAAUUCACCUUAAGAUGGGUGCCACUGACAUUGUUGCCACAGGUACUCUGCUGGUGGCUAUGUCUCUGCUGAGUAAAGCUGCUCCAUCUUUAGCAGUCUAUAGCAAUGGAGAAUGUACAUUCAACACUAAAGGGAGCUGUGAAUAUCAGGGUCAGGUCUUUGGUAUCGGUGACAGUUGGAUUACUAAUGACUGCUACCACUGUGUGUGCAUGGAACCCUUUGGAGUGGGUUGCUGUGGUCACAAUGUGCAGCCAGUAGAUUAUCCAGACUGGUGUGAAGUCAUCAGGAAGCCUGAUUUGUGUGUCAGCGUGGUGGUGAUGAAGGCUAAUCAUAAGCUUCCCUGCCUCUAUGGGAAAUGGGGUAAACAUCCAGACACCUGGAAAUCUGACAACGAGCCAAUAUUUUAAUGAGUUAUCUAAUAAUCUAUUUUAUUGAGCAAUUCGUUCAAAUACAGGAAUCUGACAGCCUGACUAGAGUGUGCUGAAAUUCCUGUAACAUAUAUACAUAGCUGGGGCAGUGUUAACUAAUCUAAAGAUCUAUUUAUUGUUGGUUUUUACAUUUAUCUUGUUUUUAAUUCAUGUCCUGUCUAUCUUGAGUUAAUAAAUGUCAUCCAGUCAUAUAUUGUAUUUGUGUGAUUACUGCUGGUCAAGAAGCUCAGUAUGGUUCAGUAUAUCGUGCCACUGCAUGUCAAUUAUUUGGAAUGGAUUAAUUUGGGACUUUACAGAGUGUGAACACUGUUCCUUAGUGAAAAAUCCAGUUUAGUCUGAGCGCCUACCAAAACCCAGAGCAGGCUGGACAGCUCAGGUAGGCCCGGUAGGCCAUCUUUGCCAACUUGUAAAUGCUGGUAGAAAGGAA